GUGUCACUAUCAUAAAGAUGGCGUUUAUUAAAGAGGAGAGUGAAGAUAUGAAGAUGGCAUUUAUUAAAGAGGAGAUUGAAGACAUUAAGAUUGAAGAAACAUUCAGAGUGAAAUAUGAAGAUACGGAGGAAAAAACAGGCAGCAGAGUGUGAACAGGACUUUUAUUUUGCCAUGAUGACGUGACGUCAUAAGGCUGCGACGCGCUCCUGCAUCUGUUGAUUCGGCUGAAGAAAAAAAAAAAAAAAAAAAAAAAGAUUCGGCUGAAGAAAGGACAAACUCACAGAAAACAUCCUGAUGAAGCGACUGAGAUCUACGUGACACACUAUUAUAAAGAUGGCGUUUAUUAAAGAGGAGAUUGAAGACAUAAAGAUGGUGUUUAUUAAAGAGGAGAUUGAAGACAUAAAGAUGGCGUUUAUUAAAGAGGAGACUGAAGACAUGAAGAUUGAAGAAACAUUCAGAGUGAAACAAGAAGAAACUAAGGAACAAACAGACCUAAUGAUGCUGAAAGAGGAGAGUGAAGUACUGAAUGAAAUGGAUGAGAAAGAUCAAUAUAAGAAUCAUCAUGAUCUUAUAACUGGCCAAAAAACUUUUAGUUGCUCGCAGACUGAAAAGACUUCCUCACAAAAAAGGGCUAUAAAGACAGAAACUAGAAGGAAUUUUACCUGCCAACAGUGUGGAAACAGAUUCACUCAUGAAGGAAGCCUUAACAGGCAUAUGAGGAUUCACAAUGGAGAGAAGCCAUUCACGUGUCCUCAGUGUGGAAGGGGUUUCAAUCAACAUGGAAACCUAAAAGUCCACAUGACAAUUCACACUGAAGUGAAGCCAUAUCCCUGCCAACAGUGUGGAAAGAGUUUCGAUCAACAUGAAAAGCUCAACGUCCACAUGACAAUUCACACUGGAGAGAAGCCUUACAUCUGCCAACAGUGUGGAAAGAGUUUCACUCAAAGAGUAAGCCUUAACAGACACAUGAGAGUUCACACUGGAGAAAAGCCUUACACUUGCCAACAGUGUGGAAAGAGUUUCGCUCAAAUUGGAAAUCUUAACAUCCACAUGAGUGUUCACACUGGAGAGAAGCCUUACACCUGCCAACAGUGUGGGAAAAGUUUUAAGCGAAAAGGAAACCUUAACAGGCACAAGAGUGUUCACGCUGAAGAGACGCCCUACACCUGCCAACAAUGUGGGAAAAGUUUCAACCGAAAAGAAAACCUUAAAGUCCACAUGAGAUUUCACUCUGGAGAGAAACCCUACAUGUGCACUCAGUGUGGAAAGAGUUUCAAUCAAAAACGAAACUUUAAAGACCACAUGAAAAUUCACUCUGGUGAUCAACCCUACACAUGUCCUCAGUGUGGAAGAAGUUUCAAUCAGAAAGGUCACUUUGAAGACCACAUAAGAAUUCACACCGGAGAGAAGCCUUUCACCUGCCAACAAUGUGGGAAAAGUUUCAACCGAAAAGAAAACCUUAAAAGGCACAUGGGAUUUCACACUUGAGAGAAGCCAUUUAUGUGGUCACUGUGGAAAAAGUUUUAGGUAUAAAGUAAGCCUUAAGUGCCACAUGAGUAUUCAUGUAUGAAAGAACUGUUUUUGUUUGUCAUCCUCAUGAAAUGAUUUUCACGGACAGGAAAAACCUCAUGUUUGAGAGAUUGUAUAAUGUACUGAUUACUGUUAUUGUACUAAAUCACCUUUGUGGGUUAAAAUCCCUGUUAAUGUCCAGUGACUAUCAGAGAAAUAAAGUAGCCAGAGUCAAGAAAUUAGAUUCAAUGAAUUGAUUACUCAAAUGAAGAAUAAAGUUUUUACAAUUUUACGUCAACAGAAGUAUAAAUCUGUAUCAAAUAAAAUACAUAUAACUCUGUUGGUCUGUGCAAAAUAAAUUAAUUUGUGUCAGGAUUGCAGUUGUAAUAUAGAAGUAGUGUUUUUUUUUUUACCAUUUUUUCACAAAAGAGGGAGGACACAUACUUAUACUUAUUCAGUCACGUGUUUCUGUUUAUUUGUAGUCACGAGACGGCACAAAUCUCUGGGGCUUUAGUCAGAAACAAUGCAUAUAUAAAAGAGAUAAAAUUUCCUUAGAAAUUAUCAUUUUCCCACCAUCUGAGGAGCUUUGAGUACGGAAGAGGAUUAGGGCCAAGCAAUAAUAAAAAAAUAAAACCAUCUCG